UGUACGAGAAGGUAUGCUCCCAGCGUCCAGCUUGGCCCGAUGUCUUAACGUUACGUACGGCCGGAGAUCCAGCGACGAAGACCAGAGAGGCGCCCUCACUUUGCGCGCGCGGUGGCGCGUCAGCGCGGCCGCCAAGGCCUGCGCAUCACGCUCCGCAGCACCCAGCACAAUGUCGCCCGUCGAGACCGCCGGAUAUUAUACACACGCUCAUUCGCGCAUCGUCCGGCCUCACGAACCCGCGGGAAAAGAAUUUGGCGAUAUACCACGCUGCCGCCGCGCACCCGACGAAACGCUGCCGCCGCGCCACCCACGAACCCGCCGCGCGCAGGCCCUCGCGAAGCUCCAGUCGACGCGCGCGAGCCUCACGGACUACGCCUUGGAAUUGGACAAGUCCGCCGACGCGAAAACCGGCUACAAGGCCAAGUACGCCGACGGCAAGGACUACGUGCUGGCGACGUACGAGAAGACGAAGACGCAGGUCAACGAGUACGCCGUGGAGCCGACGACGACCUACGCGACGGAGACCUACGCUUAUGUGGGAGACAAGUUCGUGUCGACGAAGGACUACACGUACGAGACCUACGAUUCCGCCAAGACCUACACCUACGACACGACGCUGUCGAUCGUCGAGAACGCGCAGGCCAUGGCCGAGAAGAUGAUGCUCGCGAUGGGCAGCCGCAAGGAGGCGCCCGAGACGGUCGCGGCGGAGGCCGAGGUCAUGGAGGCCUAG